AUGUAUAUCAACACAGCACCUCUAAUUCCCGUUGGAUCCUUGACAAUUGAGAAGGAUGAAGUCUGUCCGGAAUCGAAAGUCUGGGCUUCGGAGGGUCUUCCAGGUUGGAGAAGCUUUCGCUCUUUGUCAAGUGACUUGAACAUUGACGAUCACGACACUUACCUACCAAAUGAUUUGGAAGCCAAAUUGAUAAAGAUACAACGAAUCAAACCAUACUUGGACCUGUACCGAAAGUCCUGGGUGAGGCUCGAAUUCAAUGUCGAACACAAAGAUUCCGACCGAGGCACUUUGAGGGUGUACCUCCUCCCGGACGAUGCGCUGCGCCGCACUGUCGAUCGGUCAAACCGUUCUUUGCUCAGAUCCAGAGACAAAAUCCUUGAGCAGUUGAACUACUCUCAAGAAGCUUGGAACGGAAACACAAAUGCGAUAUGGGUAGACAGGCUACACGUCCGCACAUCCGUCAACUUGAACAGUGACCAGGAAGAAGGCAUGUCACUUCUUCAACUCUUUAACAACAUCCCAUCGCCUGCGCCUACAAUUGACUUGAUUGAGGAUCCAUAUAACAGAUCAGUCAUCUGCAAUCUUUUGAAUGGCACAGUUGCAGGCUUGACUUCAGCGCUGUAUCCUUACCAACGGAGGUCGGCGGCAUUGAUGUUGCAAAAAGAAGUCCAAUUGGAGCAUGUUCUCGACCCUCGAUUACUUCAGAUCCAGAACCAAGAAGGCGGAACUUGGUACUUUGACCCAGUUGCCAGUACAGUUUUGAAGGAUCCACGCUACUAUGACGGAGUUGCUGGUGGCAUUCUCGCCGAAGAGAUGGGCGCCGGUAAAACCAUUAUCUGCCUCGCACUCAUUCUUGCUACGAGAGACCUACCAGCCCAACCCCCCGAGCACUUUCGCGUUGGAGAUGGCCCGAUACGGAAGGGCUUGGCUUCUCUAGCGGACAUGGCUGCUUCCUGUGCUACAAGACACUCGGUUCCAUGGAAACCCUGGUUCAACCUUUGCAAAGCACAGUCAGGCCACGAAUACAUACGAUGUAUCAAGGCGCUCGAAGAAAACCCUGGCUAUUACUUUAUUCCGCCACCAAAGGCACGGCGAACCGCAAGACUUACUUCUGGGGCAGUUGAAUUAUCCAAGAAGCGAGUUUAUCUCAGCAAUGGCAGUAUCGUCGUAGUACCUUCCAACCUACUGGCGCAGUGGAAACAGGAGAUUAAAAAACACACUGACGGUUUGAAGGUUCUAGUAAUGGAUGGAUACAAAGACUUGCCGUCUCUCAGAGAUCUGCUCAAGUACGACAUGAUACUCUUCUCCCAGUCUCGACUAGAAGCACUGAAGAGACAAGAAGGGGGAGUUGGUGCCUCCCCGUUAUCCCAGGUUCAUUUCAAACGAUGCAUCGUUGAUGAGGGACACAGGCUUGGCAAUUCCAAAAUAAGUGGCAAGAGCGAUAUGCUGAUCGCUUUGGAAUCCCUACAUUUCUCCUCGCGGUGGAUUGUGACUGGCACCCCAUCUCAUGGUUUGUACGGAGUUGAUGCUCAAAAGAAGGCAAAGGAAUCAAACGGAGUACACCGCGAAGAUGUCGCCCCGACAGAAACCCACGUCGGUGAAAGCAACUCUGAUCUCGAGAUGGAAAAGAAAGACUUGACGAGAAUCGGUGCGAUUGCAGCGCUCUAUCUUAAAGUUCGACCCUGGGCAAAAACCUCUCUGGAAUCCGGGGAUACUACUGCGGAUUGGACGACGUAUCUGCUGCUCCCAAAGCACAAAUCAACUGGCCGAGGUCGCUGGGACAUCUUGAGAUCUACCUUGAACUCCCUCAUCAUCAGACACCGCCUCACAGAAGUUGGCGAUCUCUUGCCUCCUGUGAAUGAAAGAUUGGUCGUUUUGGAGGGUUCCUACCAAGAUAAAAUGUCCCUCAACAUCUUUUCAAUGAUGAUUAUCUUCAAUGCUGUGCAAUCUCAGCGAACCGACAUGGACUACUUCUUCCAUGCCAAACAGCGAAAAGCAUUGAUGCAGGUUGUUCAAAACCUCAAGCAAGCAAGCUUUUUUGGUGGUUCUUUCUAUUCGCAGGAGGAUAUUGUAAAAGCUGUCGAGACUGCCAAAGAGUUCCUUCGGGAAAAUAAAGUCCCCAUUAGCACUGAAGAUCGUCAACUUCUCGAGCAAGCGAUACAGUUUGGCCAUGUCGUAAUAAACAACAAGCUCAAGACACUGAGUAAUCAAUUCCAUGAGAUGCCGGUUUUCGUCAAAGGCAUGCCGAACAGUUCCAGCGCGUCUUGGUCAUUGGAUGGCGAGACGGGAGAUGGCAUGUGUAGCUCAUCAAACAUGCUGGUGGCCCUUCAGAAACUCGUCUACAAAUCAGUGUCAAAGCCUGACAAGUUCAACUCACUGCUCAACGGUCAGCUAGCCCAAGAAGGAGUCACCGAGAGAGAGCGCAUACUUGCAUCAAACGACCCAGGAAAGAACCCACAAACACUGGCUGGAAACACUAAGCUGGGAAAUGACCAGCACCCAAGCAUACGUGCUCGUGGCAUGAAGGACAUAAAGCCUGAAGCCGAAGCUAUUCUUGAUGGUGCUCUUGGGCCUCUGGAAGAAGCGAGAAUAACGGCUACUGCGUCAAUCAAGCUUUCCUAUCUUGUUGACAACAUUUUAAGAUACCAGGAAGAUGAGAAGAUACUUAUCUUCUAUGAAAACGACAAUAUUGCAUGGUACCUAGCGGGUAUGCUCGAGGUUCUCCAAAUACAACAUCUUAUCUACGCCAAAGGCUUGAGCGUACAAAGGAGAUCCCAAUAUGUCAAUACAUUCAAUCACAAUCCGAAAUUCAGGGUUCUACUGAUGGACAUCUCACAGGCAGCUUUUGGUCUGGACAUGAGAGAGGCAUCGAGAAUAUACUUUAUCAAUCCAGUGCUCAAUCCACAGGUGGAAGCGCAGGCAAUUGGUCGUGCACGUCGCAUUAGUCAGAAAAAGGCGGUUUUUGUCGAGACAUUGGUGUUGAAGAAUAGCAUAGAAGAGGUGAUAUUGGAACGAAAGCAGCACAUGACGCAGGCGGAACACCACCGGGUGCAAUCGAUUCUAGAUGUUGGUCCGAUCUACGACUGGAUCAAGAACGCGCGAAUCAACCCAAUGCCGAUGGUUGAAGGCGAACUCAGCAAAGAAGGUCAGAUGGCACAUCUCGGCACGCCUCAGUACAUCUUCAGAAGGGGAUUCGGGCGCACCAUGCACCCUGAUGAAGGGUUGGUAUUGGAUGACUCCCCCACAAAGAAGACAAACAGUGCAGGGAUGGUUCUCGGAACUCUUGAGAUGACGAACAGACUCAAGCGGACACCGCAAUCCGACAAAGUUACAGUUGGCGGGCAUCAUAAUGAAGGCGGAGCUUCGUCAAGUAACCCAAGCGAUGUUGCCACGCGUCCAUCAAAAAGAGUGCGAUUUGCCGACGGCUCAGAGGAUUGA